CGCCCGCGACCUCUUCUCCCCGUGGCCCAGUCUCUUCUGUCCUCUACUUACCGCGUUCCCUUCUUUCCUUCGUCGUGGCUAGGACAUACUCGCAGCCAUGGCAGCCAUGGCACCCCCAGCCGCCUCAACGGCUACCGCGGACCGCCGCAUCGUCCACCAGAUCCUACGUCACCUCUCCGAUAUGAAGUACAGGGAUCGCCGUCAGCGCGGGUCGGAUGAACCCGUCGAAUUCCUCGAGUUUCGCCCAACACUGGUGCCUUCGAUUCUCGUCAACAAGCUAUGGGCAGACGAGGGCACGUCCAUUCUCUGGAGACGUUAUCCACACCUUCCUGCUCUAUACGACAUGCCCGUGGAUCGGCGCCAAUGGUAUGCGGACAAGGUAGAGCGCCUGUUCGUACCCAGCCCCACCGACAAUGGGGUUGGCCUGGCCUACUUGCAGGGCCUGGACUGGCCGAGCCUGGAGACUCUCGAGUUGGACAUUGACUGGAGGAAACACAACAAACACAUAGGUUCCAUGCUGCAUGCAGGGCUCCAACAUUUGAAAUUGCUCGGGCCACAGAGCAGUGAUUUGGGCGACGUCACUCACACUGUCCUGUCUGCGCUGUUCAAGCAAUGUCCCAGCCUUCGCAGUGUACACAUCGGCCCGGAUGCAAUCGACCCUCGGGACCCGGUGCGCAGCCAGGAACUCAUGGACCUACUCGACUCUGCAUCAACUGUUACUGACAUUUGUAUCAUGAAUGCCGCUGUGCUGGACAAGGACAGAAUCUUCGAACGCCUAAGCCAGCGGUCAGGUCUCGAAGCCCUGCAAAUCGACCUCGAUCCCGGGCUGCAGCUAUUACCUUGUUUCACAGGUCCUAGCGCCCUCCCCUCCCCGUUUCUCACUCUCAGGCGUCUGCAAGUCAUGUGCUAUCCGGAAAUCGCCAUUGCUCUGCCAUCUCAUCUGCAGCUCAUCGAAGACUUGCACAUUGACGUCGCAAGGGUACCCACCCACGUACGCCAGGACAAUGACACAACCACUUUAAAUGAUAUCAUCGACGAAUUGGCACAGUGCAAACAGCUUCAAUCGUUGCACAUAAACAUUGGUCAGCUCGCACUUGACUUUCCCUCGGCUAUAUCAUGCCCGUCGCUCUCUGGUCUCACACUCACUCGGCUUGCUGCCGGCUGUUCAAAGUUGCAAAAUCUCAAUCUUCUUACCACAGCGCCAGGUGCUAUUGACGGUUCAGCCAUCUCAAUUCUCCAGUUUGAAGAAUUUUGUCAAGGCUUACCGCAGCUGGCGAGCCUCAGCCUGAAGCUCCACCCACAAACAGCCAUUGAGUUGGAGUCGACAGCGCUUCAGAGCCUAGGGAGAAACUGUCCACUGCUCGAGACGUUGCGCUUGAGGAUCUCGUUGCAUCUGCCAGAUUUACCGAUGCACAUCGAGCCUUUGCCGUUGCACCCAAUCGACGCCUUGUCUCAGAACCCGAUGGAUACGGAGAGAGCCCCACAAACGCCUUCGAUCACCAUCAACGACGACCAAAAAAAUGCCUCACUUCAGGUUGGACAUGUCACUGGGUCUAAGACACCUAGCGUGCCUCUUUUCCCUAACCUCCGACACUUCGCUCUCGCACGGCCCCAAUCCAUUCUUUCAAUCGCAGGGAAUAGUUACGCCGCAUCUUCAACCUCUCGGACAGGAUCCUUUGUGGACCCUCUUGUUGAACAGAGUCUCGUCGAGUCGUGGGCUCAACCACUCGCAGCUCACCUCCCUCGUCUUGAAGUAUUGGAGGCUUGGGGUGACUGGACAGGGCACGACAGCGAAACACUCAACUACUUCUUACCACUCGAGGAAGUGCUAGCGACAACAUGGGAGUUUCUGAGCGGUGUAGAGCAAGACCUAUGGGAUGAAGAAGACGUUGGCGAGGUCGACAGCGGCUCCGAAUGGAAAGAGAACCGUACAGACCGCUUCAGUAUGACAAGUGUAGACUGGGACUUGGCCAGCCUUGUGAAUGAAUUCAGGGCUGAGGAAGAUUUUGACAGCCGCCACUUUUUGGAUACCUACGAUGAGGAACCAGAGGACAUGGUUACACCCGUAAGAAUUCCCAACGAGGAAGACGCCUACUUUGGGAAUCCCAGCGCCAAGAUCACACCUGCUUCAGACGCUGCAAUAGUUACUCUUGGACCAGAGGCGGUUACUUGUUCAGUUUAGACACAGCUCACCAGGAGAAGAUACGUGAUGGAACGUGAUACUCUCAAGACGAUGAGGAAGCGACUGGUUUUCAGGACAAGUAUUUUUGGCUGUAUCUGAUCUAUGUGCGUUUAGGGUAAAUUUAGAGGUAAGGCCAAGAAGACGGGUUGACGUCAGAAUUGAAACUUAAUAGCACAGUCCAUCUUCGCUUGCUGAAAACGUUCGCUA